AUGGGCUCAGCAACCUUCCAGCAGCCUUCCUACUACAGGACACCGCCCUUGAACGUCGACACUUCCUGCCAUGGUCAGAAAUUCUUCGACGAUGAUGAGAUCCUAGACGAUGACAUCCUCAACCAGAGCACCCUCAACUCGGCUUUGGAGAUGUCGCCGCCCUUGACCGACAGCAGGAGGGAUUCGUUUGCUGUCUCAGCAACUGCCCUGUUCUCGCCCAAGUCGGAUGAUUCCUGGCCUCCUGUAGAGAUGCCAUCCAACAACCCUUUCUUCGGCCAGCACAACAACAACCCCUUCAUGCAGAUGGACCAGAACCAGCAGUCAGGGUAUCAGAACCACUGGGGCAUGAUGAGCUCGGGCGCCGCUACCCCUCUUCAGAGCUUCGAUGGUCUGCCGCAGGCCGAGUACGAGCCAUCGACCGUUCCUCUGUUCAGGCCCUCUACCGUCCAGGCUCAGACUCCCUUCAGCAACCCCAACAACCAAGCCGUCAUGUUCCAGCAGCUUGGCCACCAUGGCAUCCCGGCCGUUCCCGCGUCGCCUCCCAGAGAGACUUGGAUCAACCAGGAGCUCAAGAACCAGGCUGCUAUGGCCAAGCGCAACAGGCCUACUACCCCGUUGAUCCGCUCUCACAACGAGCUGCGCCGGGGCGAUGGCAUCCGCAAGAAGAAUGCACGCUUCGACAUCCCUGCUGAGCGCAACCUCAGCAACAUUGACCAGCUGAUUGCCCAGUCCACCGACGAGCAAGAGAUUAAGGAGCUCAAGCAACAAAAGCGUCUGUUGCGCAACAGGCAGGCCGCUCUUGACUCGAGGCAGCGCAAGAAACAGCACACGGAGCGUCUUGAGGACGAGAAGAAGCACUUUACCGAGGUCAUUACCAACAUGGAGGAGCAGAUGAACGCCCUGCAAAGGGAGAUGGAGCAGCUCCUCCGCGAGAAGCAGAGCUACGAGGCGUACAUCAGCGAGCUCAAGAACGAGAAGGAGGAGAUCAUCUGCAAGCACACCAUGGAGACCGGCGAGCUGCGCAAGAGGAUCCAUGUCCUGACCACCCACGUGCAAGACCUCGAAAGCGCCCCAACGUCGACACCGCCGGCCGGCCCGAACGUGUCCGGCUUCCCCGGUGCCUACGGUGAGAUGGAAGGCAUGGCUAUGGAUGGCUCUUGGGACAACAUGCCCAUCUUUGGCGAGUUCACCAUGGACCAGCAGCCUUCCGAGGUCAAGCAGGAGAUGCAGAUCGUCUCUACCAAGAAGUCCGAGGUUUCCCUUUCUACCGAGAGCGAAAAGGCUCCUUCUCAGGGCGGACUCCUCUUCAUGCUGUUCCUUGUCGGCGCUUUCGUUCUUUCCAACCGAUCGCCGCCCAGCAUUCCGCGGGUGUCUGAGGACAUCCGGGUGGCAUCCGCUACUCUCCUCGACAAUGUUCUCAAGGACGCUGGUUUGCCUCAGGCCGCUUCCGGCCUCGAGGCCAUGGCUCCUCAGCCAUCGGGUUCCAGCUGGGCCCAAAACACCGGGUCAUCGUUGCCAGUUGCCGCCUCCGGCAUGGAUGGCGUGGCACCUUCGAUGCUCGGUGAGAUGGCUGACACCUUGACCCAGCCGACCGAGCAACAGACCAACGAGCAGCUCUUUGGGUUGACGGCCGCGCAAUACAACGGCAUCACCUCGCAAGAUUUCCUGCAAAAUGCUCCCGCCGAAAGGUCCACGAGCAAGGGCAGACGCAAUCUUGCUGAAGCGCUUGCCAACAUGCGUGCUGCUGCCACCAAGAACUCUGCUGCCGAGGUCUAUACUCGGUCACUCCUAUGGGACAAGAUCCCCCGCGACGUUGUGCGUGACUUUGCGAAGAUGGUUGCUGAAAGCCAGCAAGUUGCUGCGAGUAAUGAGGCGUAG